AUGCUUAGCCUUGCUCUAUUCCGUUUCGGCUCUUGUGAUAGGCCGAAAUUUUCAAAAUCAUAUCAUCUUUCCGGCACAUGGAGUAUUCCAUAUUGGCAGAUGCGCAUGCCAUUUGUAGUUGAUACGAAAGAUGGAUAUGCUCAAUCCGACAUUUCCUAUGACCACUUACAACAUGAAAUUCACUUCUUGAAAGAUAGAGCAUACAGUAUUCAAACAAGCCCAGAUGGAUUACACUGCUCAUUCAGUAUGAGUGAUCAUGAAGAAGAUUCUUUUGUUGAAUAUCUUCCAGAUCUUACAGAUGAGGCCACAUGGGAGGAUUAUGGCGAGCACAGCGUCCUCGGCAAAAAAGUCCAUGGCUAUAUCAAGAAAACAGAAAAUAAUUACAAAUAUAUUUUCUACGUCGAUGCUACAACAAACAUGCCAGUCCGUUAUCACCAAUUCGGUCAGUCCAUCCGCCACUCACAUCCAGCAGAAUACAUUCUCGAUAUUGUUGAGUACAGCCCAUUCCCCAAUGAAACAAACUUCAUGGUCCCAGUUAUGAAGUGCCUUAACCGCUCUGACAGUGGUCCACGUCUUAACAAGUUUGCUGGCGAUAUUUCUAUGCAGAGAAAGAGACCAAUUCAGAAAGAUUACCAAUGCAAGCCACUUACACCAUCUUCCGACAUCAAGAUUGACGGAAUCAAGGAGUUCUCAUGGCGUAACUACAAGGGUGUUGUCCAGGUCGUCCGUGAUCAGGCAAACUGCGGUUCUUGCUGGGCCCAAUCAGCCGGUGAAGCCAUUUCCUCUCAGAUCUCACUCCACUCCAAGGGCAACUUCACAGUUUCCAUCCAGCAGAUCAUGGACUGCGUUUGGAACGAAGGCCACACAGGAUCUGACGGCUCAUACGCAUGCGCUGGUGGCGAAGGCUACGAUGCUUACGGCAAAUUAGCCGAGCUUCAGCUUAACCUUACAACAGAAGAAGAGUACCCAUAUCUCGGAGUUUCCGGCCAUUGCCAGAAGAAUUUCGGAAAGACAAUCGGCAAAGUCACAGGAUGCUACCAGAUCAUGCGCGAUUCAUCUAACAAGGAUAUCAACGUUCUCAGAGCUCUCUACAAGUACGGACCACUCAUGAUUUACAUCAGAGCAGGAACAGCUCCAUUCGUUGCUUACACAGGCGGAUCAUUCAACAACCACGAGGUCUGCGGUGGAAUUGAUGAUCACGAUAAGACAGAUCAUGGCGUUCUUCUUACAGGAUGGAAGACAAUCGACGGCGUCAUUCACUACGAAAUUAUGAACUCUUGGUCAACAUUCUGGGGAGAGGAAGGCUUUGCCUACAUUUCCUCCGAGAAUGACUGUGGCGUUCCAGUUAUGCCACUUCUCCCACUUGUUGAGAUCAAUUAUGAUCUUUAA